AUGACAAGAGUGACCAUGGACACGAGCUCUUUCAGCUCAUUCACUCCCCGGGAGCUUCAAACCGACCGCCCUCCAAGAGAGCCGGCCCCUCCCACUCCCUUUAUCUCUUUCAUCAAGCCUCAAGGCCAGCUCUGGAACUACAACCGGCACAAGACCCACGAAGACCAGCCAGGCAACAUCCCCAAGGCUUUCCUCGAUGCCAUGAGCGUCAGAGAGAAGGUCUACGUCGAAGAACAGGGCGUUGCCUUGGAGAACGAAUUCGACAGUGACGACCACCGUAGCUGCCACUGGGUAAUCUACGCCUCUGUCCUCACCACCAUCCUUCCAGCCAUCCUAGACCCCCGAACCGGCAAGCUUGUCCGCCCCCGCGUCACCAGGACCACCUCCCUCCCUAUCGGCACCCUCCGCCUAGUCCCCUUCCCCCACUCAGCCCACCCCCGCGACGGCGGCAUCUACUUAAACGGCCUCCUCACCAACGUCGGCGACCCCGUCCGCCCUAGAAGCAGCGAGACGGUCCAGGCUCUCCAGCCCCAAGAGAUCCAAGGAGGCAACCGUCGCAACUCCCUCUACAUCCGCGACUUCCCCACCACCUUCCACAACGGUCAGGAGCCGUACGUGAAGCUCGGUCGUCUGGCUGUCCUCAAGGAGUACCGUAACAAGGGAAUCGCGGGCCAGCUUGUGCGCGCCGCAAUUACCUGGAUGCAGACGAAUUACACCAUCUUCAACCCUAGCCCUUCCGUGUUGGGCUUUGACAGACUGGGCAUGGACGUGACGGGCCAGCUGCCUAAGUGGCGGGGCCUGUUUUGCAUUCAUGCGCAGGAGGAGGCGGUCAAGGUCUGGGAGAGGUAUGGGUUCAAGGUAGACGAGAAGAUGGGAAAGUGGUGGGAGGAGGGGAUCCCGCAUGUGGGCAUGUGGUUGAGGGUUCCGGUUGGCAAGGGGGGUCAUACUGUUGCCUGA